AUGACAGAAGCUGUGUUGCUGUUAUCCCCAGAGACUUCACCUCUCUGCCCUCUGUCUCGCAAGACUAAGACUCGACUUCAUUGGCUCCUACAGCUGUGUGUACCUAUCUUGGCAGGAACAGGAAUAUCCUUUAUAGUAUGCAGUAAAAACCGCAGUGAACAGCCACACUUAACCUCAUGGCACAGCAUUCUUGGUCUAAUUACCUUGAUAGCCACAUGUUGUCAGGCUGUGUGUGGGUUUGGCCUACUUUGUCCACGGUUGGCUCAAGUGACUGCAGUAUCUCGUCUCAAGCUGUACCAUGCCACUUGUGGCCUUUUGGUAUACCUACUUGCAACAACCACUGUUCUUCUAGGUUUGUAUUCAAACUGGUUUCAGGCUCAAAUAAAGGGGCCCGCGUGGUAUGUUUGCCUUUUCUUGCCUCUUUAUCCUGCAUUAGUGAUAAUGAACCAAGUGCUGGAUAUAUACUUACCAAAGAGGAAAAGUCAAACAUGA